AAUUGUUAGUCAUCACUUAGCAACCAGAAAGUAGGACGUUAAUUUAAAAAAAAUAACACUUUUUUUUUCAUAUAACAGUAAAUCUGGUUAUAAAGUUGAUUUAUUUAACCGAAUAAAAAAAUACAUCCGUUAUGGAAGAAGAGGUUCAGGGAGGUAGCGAUAAUAUUGCUACAGAAUAUGGAACAUACGAAGAGUUUCUUGAUUCUCAAAUAACUUCCUUAGAUCUUUAUUACUUGGAGGAUGAAGAACUCGCUCGACAAUUAGUUGAACUUGGCUAUAGAGGAAGUGGUGAAGUAUUAAAAAGAGAAGAAUUCGAAGCUAGAAAAGCAGCUGCCGAAGCUAGUAGAGUUUCUAAGAGAAGUCAACAAAAAACAUUAGCGAGCUCUGGAAAAGAAAUUAAAGAUCCUUUUCUAAGAUCUCUUGCUGAAAGGGAAGAAAAGAACAGAAGUGGAAAAAUGACAUCUAUCAUUUUUAUAAGGGAUAAAAAUUCUCGUGGCCAAGAAAUAUCUGGAUAUAUCGAUUAUGCUCAUCGACUGAAGAGCGAGGACUUUGAACCAUAUUUCUCCUGCAAGAAGAAGCUACUACCCCGCCCAUCGGAUUUAAGCUUUUACAAUUGGGAAACGCAAACUUCAACCUCAAAUCCUACACCAAAUUAUCAAGUAAUGGCCGAAAAUGCUUCUGGUCUCCUCUUUAAAAAUAAAAGGGAUAGAAAGACCCUAAACGUAGAUCCUAAAGCCUCGUCUCCAGGAGAUAACUCUACAAGGACGGUAAUAGAGACACCUAAAUAUCAGCAAGUGGUUGUUUACGAUCAUACAACUAGACGAAAAACUUAGAUAUUCAAAAAUAAAACAUCAAAUUCAACUUCUGUUUUCUUUUUUUUUAUUAUCUUUUUAUUCCUUUAAAAGUGAAAAAAAUCGGAGAAAAAACAAAGAAAAUAAAGUGUACGGUUUUUCUUUCUUUUAAUAAAUAAUAAUAUCAUUGAUUUGAGUUCUUUAUCGUUCUCCAUACUUCUCUACUCAUCUUUCUCUUUAACUCUUUUAUCAUUCUUCAAAUCUCCUCCCUUUCCCCUUCCAAAUAACCCUUUAAAAUUCUUCCCACCCCUCCCACCCUCUCCC